AUGGCGGAGGUUGCGGGCACCAAAACGUCUUCUUCCGAGCCACUGCGCCUGCUCUUCGCGACCUUGAAGGUGAUCCGAAAGAUUUUGGCAGAGAAUGCACGGACGACGAACUUCAACCGCGCCCUGAAGCAAACGCCAGUAAAUUCACACAAGCCAGCGAUUCCCUCACCCAAGAUAUGCACGCGCUCGCUGGACGUCGCUGUGGACACGUGGGCCAACGAAGAUGCUGCAGACCGCCUGCACGAUCUCGAGAACAUGUUGGACAUCAAGGAUGGAGCACCUGGACUUCGAGGGUCAGCACCCCACUCGGGUCGGGGGGGUUUGGCGAAGUGCUUGACGAACGAGCCAUUCGCACACGCGCUGCAGACAGCAUUCCUGUUCGAUGUUGCCAGGGGCAUGUGGUUGUUGAACAAGACAGGCAUUUUGCAUCGCGACCUGAAAUCUGCGAACGUGCUCAUAUCGAUUCAAGGGGCUGUGGGGGCCGAGCAAUGGAUGUCUCCAGAGGAGAUGAAGGAGAGCCCAGCAAAUGAACCAACGGACGUAUACAGGUGGAAUGUUUUUGCGGGCGGUGUUGGUAUGAUGGUUGCUCAUGGGCGACCGUUCGCGGAUAUUAGAUGCGGUAAUUUGCUGUCUAUUGCCGUUGCGGGUGACAAUUGGUGUUCGCUUGCCCCAUACGCUCCUCACGCGCCGCCCAUCUGUCCACGUGUGCUGUGCCCGAAUAGUGUUGGGGUCGUCUGCUUCGAAGUCACCACCCGAAUGCAGCCGUUCAAGGGAAUGAAUCUGCUGACGCAAGACCCUGCCCAUCGCCCCAAGGGAUUUGGGCCCGUGGUACAGACGCUGGCAAGCGUGAUGUCGCAUGAUGGAGACCCUCGCAAUCGCAGCGCAGUUGAUGCGGAUGACACCUCGUCAUCAGGUGUCAAGUGUAGUGGUGGCUUGCCGGACAUUGACGCAAGAACGACCCCGGCUACGGGAAGUGACGGGGCUGACGCAUCACCGCGAGUUGCGGGAAAGGAGAGCGGCGCGACCGCGCUGCCUCCAGAAGCUGAAAACGUGCAUGCACCAAUUAUGGAUCUGCCGAUCGUACGCCAGGCCCUCGCACCGUCUAGUGAACGUAGCGGCGAAUAUAAUCAAGGCACGGAGACGGUCGACGAAGAGCUCAGUAUGAAGGCGAGAAACAACUUUUACCUCGGUUGUGUGGGAACGCACGACGAUGAAGAGCGGCUCUACACGGCCGUUCCUAUGCUCUUUGUGAAGGCAAUAUGGAAGAAUGCGCGAAGCGGCACCGCCCUCUUUUUUCACGUCGCUUGGAAGUGUCCUGACUACCGAGAGAUGGCCAAGGACCUCCACAACCGGGCGGAAGGGUCGAGGAAGGAGGUGACCAUCUCAGAAAAUCUCGCUUGCGCUCGAUUCGAAUGUUUGUUAAGCACCGUCGAAGAACAUGCCGCGAAUAUCGUGGGGUUCGCCAGGUGCGAGCUGGGAGAGGGCAAGUACGCUGAGGCGGACCCUCUAUUCCUUCGAGCUAUCGACAUUAGAGAGAGGACAUUGGACCCCGACCACCACGAUCUUGCUGUAUGGCUCGGCAAUCGGGCGGUCUUGUUAGCGAACCAGUCGUUCCUAGCCUGGAAGACGGUCCUGAAGCGUUUCCCCAUCACACUCCAGGGCAAGUAUGCUGAGGCGGACCCUCUGAUCCUUCGGGCUAUGGACAUUGGGAAGAGCCCAUUGGGCCCCGACCACCCUGAUCUAGCGCUAUGGCUGGGCAACCGGGCAUGUUUGUUAGGGCAACAGGAAGCGAUCUAG